GUAAGCUUAAUGUAAACAUGUGGACAGUUCUGCAUGGAGAUGUGUGGGCAGUGGAGGUGAGUGAGGAAAGGAAGGACUGGUGAAUGGCAGGGGUGGCUUUGUGUAGUUCUGCACUGCAGUGGUGAGCUCUGGAACGUGGCAAACUAUAAAUUUGGAUCUUAUGCACAGCAAACCUGCCCUGCUGUGGCUAUCAGGGGGAAAUUCUUAAAAACAAAUGUUCAGCAGGUUUUGUUAGAAGAAGAAAAGAUUGUCAGCCUUGGCUGAAGGAAAAUACAAGUGCUGGGAAGAUCUGUGCUUUUCUGCAGCAGGUUCACUUUCAAAGUAUACAUCUGUUAUUUGACAAUUGCAUUUCUCUGACAAGACCUGCUGCUGUGUUGACUCUUCAACGACCAAAACCCUGUUAACCCUGCUCUAGCCCUUAGAAACGUACCAGAUGUAUCUUUAAAAGCAAGCAUUUUUCUCUCAGGUUUUGUCACUCUAAACAUUAGCAGAUGCUUCAUUCCCUUUACAGCAUGAGCAUUAUGGUGGCCUGCUGCUGUGCCUGGGCCAAUGUUGCUUAUGCUUGGAUGAACACCUGGUAGAUGCUGUAGAGCUGCAUUAAUCUGAUUUACUCUCCCAUGAUGAAGACUAGGUAGGCAGAGCUUGUUUUCUAUAAAGUGGCAGAGUGGACACAUUCAGUGUUUUACUGUUCUUCAGAACUGUGCAGUGUCAGUAUGGAUCCCUGAAUAAUGUGUUUAAACACUCAGGAGAGAGGCAGCUUUUUCUUCCCUAGACCUGUGGACCACAGACAAAAUGGCUGCUUUGAAUGCAGCACUUCCUGAGUUCCUGAGCAUGAACAUAUGGUUACAUCUAAGGAAACUCUUCCAAGCUGUUCUAAGUUGGAAAACAAAACAAAACACAGCCAAAUCUGUAUCAGUGCCCAUCUAGCUGAUGUGCUGUGUGCUUUCCUGCGGAGAGGUCAGCAGAUGUGAGGGCAGCACAGAGGAGCAAAGCAAGGCAGGGGUGUCAGUGCACUUGCUGUGAAUCAAGGAUGCCAACUCUGGGCAGUAAAGCAGAGACAGAUGACAAUAAAAACUGUGCCCCUUCCUGGCUUCUGAGGAAGAAAAACCAGCCGUUGGCGCCUCUCCCUCAGUGGCGUGGGGCUGAGGGCAGGGCAUGGCCCGGCGCAGGGAGCACCGUGCUCCCACCCAGAGCAUCACUGGCAGCCCGCGGGUGAAGAGGAGGAAACGGCGUCCUUCUCCGUGGAGCUGAGAGGGCGCUUUGAGCAGCAACACCCGAGAGAGGUCGUGGCUGAGCUGCCCUGCAGUGCCAGACCCCACAUCGUCUGGGCUGCCUUGAGAACGCUGUUCUAAUUAGCCGUGGGCGAGAGCCGCUUUCCCGUGGCCAUCUGCAGCCCUGGUGACAGGCGGCGUUGCUAAUCGGAGGGGAUAAGCUGCUUAGGGCAGCCCAGCUGGAGGGAGCUCACUGCUGGAGUUGGGAGUUGAAGGGGGACAAAGCAGCCGGUUUGCCCCUGCCUUCAGAGGAGCAGACAAAGAGGUGCUGAUCUGCCCCCCAGGUUCUGGCGAGGCCGAGCAGUAUGGCCAGCAGCCCUGGCAGUGAGUAAGUGUGUCAGCUGCUGGAGCAGUGACCGUCUUCUCUAUAUUUUGGGGAGGAGUGCUACGCCACGAGGCUCGAGGCCAAGCUUGCCGUAAUGGUGACGGUUUGGUUUGGGGGGCAGAAGUCUUGUUUCUGAGGCAUUCUGUGCUGUUGGUUCUGUGAUUGGAAGCGUGUUGGUGUGGUAUUGAACCAAUCGCUGGUUCCAACUUGGAACAUGAGCCUCGGUCAGCAGGGGUGGGAAGAAUGGAGUUGUCUGUGCAGUACUUGUGUUUGUCAUUUAUCUUCCUCGAUAUCAUAAUGCUCGAGUGGUGCUCACUUGAAAGAGCUUUAUUUGCUUCCCAUCGGCUGUGCUAUUUACUUUGCUUGUAGUACAGAAGUAAACUGAUCAGCUUAAUUUUUGUUUGCAGAAUUGGAUUGAUUUUGGGUUUUAAUGCAUUAGCAUCAUGCUACACGCGUUAAAUGCUUACAGGCAUAAAAGCUCUUAUGGAAUCCAUUGGUUGUGGAUUUCUGCAGUUUGCAAUAUGCUGUUUGCCUUGUGGCCUUAGAGGGAAUUUUAAAAGGCACUUCAUAAAAUCUUAUUGCCUUUCGAGUAGGAUUAAAUACUGCUUAUAAGUGGCUACAGUAAGGUCUGAAUGGUAAUCACAGAAAGGACAACACACAUGAGUUUUAAUGGAGGCUUUCUCUUUCAGGUCUCAGUGAGACCAAAAUUAGGGAUAUGUCAGGUGAAAAACAACUCAAAUCAGCAUGGCAAUGUAUUGAGUAUUCUCAAUAUUGAGAAUAUUGAGAAAGAACUGCUGAAGUGAAAAAACAACAGAGCAACCCAGAGCCAAAGUUCCAGAUGUUCAUGGAACAAACCAGAGCUGAUAAGUUUGACAAUUCCAAACCCUUUGUAAAACUUCUGUGCGAUAUCUUUGGUUGGGUGUUCCUGGGAUGCAAGGAGAGCUCCUGCAGAACGCCAUUCUACAUUUUGAUGUUACAGUUGGUUGCAGUGAGAGAUGCCCUAAAGAAGGUAGCAGUGCUUUGUCUGCUCGCUCUGUAAGUUGCCAACUUCUACUUGGCUUGAAAAAAAACAAAAACAGUGCAUUUGGUGAGAUUUGAAAGGCAGAAACACCAGUUCCCAAGGAUAAUUGCAACACUGCACCAUGACCUGCUGUCCAUUUGGCAGUCCCCACCUUGUGGUAGUUACUGAAGGAGUUUAUAUGGCUGCUUGCAGCCAGGGAUGUCCAAGGCUCACAUACUUUGGAAACAAUGCCACUUGAAUGGAGACCUUCUGCUACUUGAGUGUGUUUGAAAAAGAUGGUGGGCAUUUAUUUCCUGCAGUCUUUUAUAUGUUGGCUGUUUGGGCUUUUUUUUCUUCUCUUUUUUUUUUUUAAAGAUGAUCUAGCUGCGUGUCUUUUUCACCCCAUCAAUUUCAUUUUUUAGAAGAGGAUUGGCAAAGAAUGCUUGGAAUGACAGCAGUUGGCAUUUGCAUUUAAAAUUUGAGGGAAUGAAAGCACAGUUCCCUUGAAUGGCACUUACUGCUGUUAUCCACAACUUAAGGAUCUGUUCUGCAUGAGAUCUAUGUGUGUAACCAUCUGACUUAGUGGCUAGACUGCAAAUUAGGUCUCCCAUGUAUGUUGUAAUUCUUCCAAAUUGGGGGACAGUGUCACUUCUCUGCAUGUUUAAACACGGUUCUGUCCUGUAGUGUGGAUAAGGAGAAACUGCCCUAUGUAGCCUUCAGCCUUUGCAGGGCUGCAACACAAUUUGUGGAUGAACCUGAAAUUGACACACAGUUAAACAGUACCUUAAGUCCAGGCAGCACCAUUGCUAGCAGCCAUGGAGAAAAUGGGCAUGGAGGAGAUGUGAAUUUGAUUUCUGAUCAAUGAAGAGAGGGUAAUCAUUGUAAUCCAGAUGGAACCAGGUUGCUCUGACUUGUGUUUGUUUUAAAGUCUUCCAGCAGUUUUGUUGCAGAUUAAGUCUUUCCCUUCAGUCAUUCCUGCUCUCGGUCGUGAUUGUCUGCUGACAGCAGGAUGGAUAUAGUGCCAUAUUACUUCCAGGAUUAAGGCUGGUGGACCAGGGACAAAGAGACUUAGUAGGAAAGUACCCAAAGCCUGUGGCAAACGAGGGAAGAUGGGUCAAGAAAUAGGCAUGCUCCUUUGUUUAUGUUUCUUCUUGUUUUUCUUCAGAGCAAAGAAUCUUUCAGAAGGAUGUGAAUGUUGAUCUGUAUUCGGGUGCGAGAAGUUGAGCAGAUAUUUCUCAUCACUGGCUUGAAGCUGCUGCACUCAGCGUAACUCCCAGGCAGACAGAACAGGGCUGGCUGUGCACCUCAUCGCAGUCAGCUGGGCAGAGAGAGCCCAGACUGCUACAGACUGACCUCUCCUGGCCUUCUCAGCUGUUCCAGGAUACCACCAGUCAGUUCUCCAGAUCCUGCUCCCAGCUGCAAAAUAAUCUCUACUCUAAGCUGCAGCAGCACAGCUCGAAGCACGUGGCUCACAGGACUCCUCAUCUUGCUGUGUCCACACUUCCUGCUGCAGAACUCCCUCAGGGACACUGUCACCUUGAGGCUUGUAGCUUAGAAGGGAGAAGGAAUGAGAAUUUUGGCCUUCCUCAGCAGCACAGUCAGAAAGCAAAGGCAGCUGGUAGCUGCUCUGUGCCUACUGCUCAUCAUCACUGUUUAGAAGGAAGGAAUAAGAACAGUGACUAUCCAGUGGAAAAGCAGCAGCCACCUGCUGUGUCUUGUAUGGAUACUGGGAACCCUUCGCUGGUCAAUACACCUUUGCCAUUUCAUGCUGUAGAUUGCCCUCUUAGGCACAAAUUAGUGUUGCGUAUUUCCUCAAGGAGCUCAAGGGAAAGCAUCAACACUUGUAGUUCAGCCCUGACUUCAGGUGAUCUCAGUCCAUCUAAUUUGGAGUCUCUUCAGCCUAUUUUGCAGUCCUCACAAAUUUCUGCUGCUUUGUACUGUUCAAUCUGGAGGCUGAAGCAAGAAAUUGCUUUCAUGGGGAGCCGGGCCUCCCUUCCUCUGGAGCCCAAGUCUUUUCCAGUCAGUGGCAGUUUGUGCUUUGCUCCUGAUGAUCCAGCUCCUACUAUCCUGAGCACAGGAGAACAGCUAGCUGGAGCAAAAACUAGUGCUGCUCAGGCAAGAUUGAGAUGGAGCAUUCCAUUUGCUAAAGGCACGAGCCUUGGUGCAGUGACGAGGGACUUUGGGCACGCUGAACCCCUCUCUGUCUCUCACAGAUGCAGAUACAUUGACUCGAGCAUGUGGAGAACCAAACUUUCAGGUGGCAUCCAUCCAGAUAGGCUGUCUGCUGGGAUGGGCUCUGGCAGGCUUGUGGAUACAGAAGAUUCUUCCAACGAUUGCUCGCCUUAUUUCAGAUGCCAGUCCCAGCCAAAGCCGACUCUGGAAACUGGUGGGUUUUAUGUUCAUACAAGAAAUCAUUCAUGUGAAAGGGUUCUUAAAGCAGAAGGGACAUCUGGUGAGGCAACCCUAUGUGCUAUGCCUUGGACAAAAAACCACCCUGAGGGUCAGCACUUGUCACUGGAAACGUGGUUGGCUGGGACUCAGAUGAACGUUGGCAUAUCCAUGUAUGGGACUCCAAGAGAAGUGUGUGUAAGAGUCACUUCUGGAGAUCAAGAGUUUAGGCCAGUACAGCAGCUUAGCAUUAAAUCUGUAGAAGUCAAGAACCCCAAACCUCCUGUUGAGUCCAGCAAAGGCUUAGAAGAGGUAUGUGACUGUAGAUCUCCAGCAGCCAGCAGGAUGGCAGUGGGGGGCAGCCAGUCCAGCCUCUUCAGCACUCAGGUUGGAAAAGACAUUGGUGACUGUUCCAACAUAGAACGUGUGAAUGCAAACAGAGAAGAAAGGAGAAACAGACACUUCCAGCAAAGCAGAUGGAGGAACUGGGAAGCUCCUGACCACCGUGAAGAACCUUGUGUAGAGAAGAGUGCCAAAGAACCACGGUGCUGUGAAGAAGGGAGCCAGACACAGGAAGCUGUGCCCAGUGAGGUGUCGGAGAACAGCUGCUGGUCUCCAAAGGUGAAUGAGCAAAGUUUCCAGCACUUACUUGACAGACAAAUGGUAACUAGGUGUUUCCAUGCCUGGAGGGACCACGUCAGCUGGAAGAAGGCUGCAGCAAGGCAGCAGCAGCCUCAAAAGGCCCUCAGUGCUUUUGGCUUGGUAGCCCAGCAAAGAUGUGCCUCAGCUCUUUUAGCUGCCAGCUUCCACAAGUGGAAGGAAGCUGUGACAAAACAGAGCCAAAAACAAGCUGCACAGUCUGAGUCAUAUUCAUGUACCCAAAGUUCAUCGGUGGGUUUUUCUGGAAUAGGAAGAUUAGCAACUAUGACAACCUCAGCUCAGCACCAGCUUACAGAAGGAUACAUGAAGGAAGCUGAGCAGGCUUGUAGGGUGGAGAGAGAACUGUGGACACAGCUUCAUCGCAGGCAGAGAGGAGAUGAGUUCUGCUGGAGAGCUCAAGCAAUAAGAGAUGUGAGGCGCCUAGCUGCAGCUUUCAGACUGUGGCGCCUUCAGAAGGAGCUGCUGAGCAAUGAGGAAGGCAGGCUGCUGGAAGCACGUGCCCUGAUGGAAAAGAAGCGGCUACAAAACAUUUUCCAGGUGUGGCAGUCCCGAUACUUGGAAAAGAAAAAGAUUUUAGGGCUGACAAUUCGGAUCCAAAGGAAAUUGGUCUCCUGGUGCUUCAGUGCAUGGAAAGAGGCUGUUGAGCUAAAGGCUUAUUACAAGAGCAGCCUGACACAUCUCAGAGUAGAAUCAAUGAAGAAAUACUUCCAGCAGUGGUUUCAGAUGCUGCGGGUCAGAGAAAGCAAUAAGCAGGCAGUGGUGAACCUCCUCCUCCUGAGAUGGAGGCAGCAUUAUGGACCAGCUGUAAGCUCAGUAUCUCACAGAACUACAACAGAAGGUGAUGACAGCUGGCCUUGGUGGGCUGUAGUGCCAAAGUUUCCUGAGAAAACAGGUUCCUCUCUUGAUGACUUCUGCCUAAAGAUGAAACUCCAGAGAGUGUAUCUGUUGUGGAAGGAGAGGCUGUACGAGCACUGCAGAGCUGAUUCUUUCUCUCAGGCUUUGGAGGAGCGUAGACUCAGAAAAGCUCUGAAAUUGUGGCACCAGAAGUAUCUCAUGCUGAAGACAAACAAACAAAGUCCUCAGCACUCUCACAGGGCUGUCUAUGAAGAACCUCUUGCUGUGCUGUUUUGUGAGGAACGCUCAACAUCUUCUGGCUUCCACAGCAGUGCUGCAACUACUCUUGCCUCUCAAAGCUCACUGGAAAAGGAAUACAGUUUUAGUGACAGCAGCCAGCAGAGCUGCUCCUCCAUUCUGACUGCUGAGGAUGUGCCAUACCUGCCCUAUUACAAUUCUUUCCUGCAACUACACCAAUGUGCAGAGCUGCCAGCUGAGCUGGGUGGGGAGCUGUGCUUGCAGGCUUCCUUUCCUCCAUGGAGGACUAGAUCUGGAGAAAAUUGGUUUGUGGGAGGUCAGUUCCAGUCUUUGGCACUGCAGAGUGCAGACAGUGAUGUCCAGCCUCUUGUCAGUUACUCUACAUGGGAAGAGGACUGCAGCUCUGAGAAGGAGGUGGAGAGUUCCUGGCACCAUGUGGAGAAAUGCUGCCUGGAGAAGUACUUCAUCAUCUGGUCCACUCGAACUCAGCAACUCACAAAGGCCCAGCAGUACUGCAGGCUUCUGCAGCUGUCUCGAGCCUUUCUCAGAUGGCACCACUGGGCUGCAGAGAACAAGAACCAAAAAGUAGCAGCAGCCCUUAAAUACCAGCUUAAUUGCUGCCGGGUGGUUUUCAGCUUGUGGAAGAAGAGACUGGUCCAGAAAGUGGAAGCUGACCAGAGAUUCAGGAGUCACCUCCACCAGAUGACUGCUGAUGCUCUUUGGCGUUGGCAUUCCUACUGUCAAAGGAAGUGUAACAUGAAGGAGCUGCAGCAGAGAUGGGCUCAGCAUAGCUGCCAGGAGAAGAAGAGAUUGAUCCUGCAGACGUGGCGCUGCCAAACAAGGCAGCUGAAAAAUGCUGCUUUAUUCUGGGAGCGUCUCCUCCUGCACAGGUGCAUAGUCAUCUGGGCCCAGGUCACUGCCUGCAGACUGAGGCAGCAAGAAGCCCUCUGUUAUUUUAGAAGGGUCAGAGAGCAGCAUCUUCUAGAAGUGAGUUUUGCAGAAUGGAGAGUGAAGUUCAUGACAGCUAAACAGCAGUUGCUGGGAGAGGAGAAAAGCCACACGUGGCAUGGAUGUUCUCAAGCUAAAGCCUGUCAGCGCUGGCGAUUGGCCUCAAGGGGACAGCAAGCCCUGCACUUGGGGUCUGUGGCCACUGUGAAACAGGCCUGCAACUAUUGGACAAAAGCAGCUGCCUUUUCCCAGUGCUCACGGCAAUGCAGUACCCUGAUAGGUGCUAGGAAGAGCAAGAAGAUGUCCUUGUCUUUGUCCAUAAAAAGCAGAGGAUGCAGAGAGAAAGGCUCAGCUCCAGCUGCUUCCCUUGGGUUUUUUCCCAGUGCUGUUCACCGCUGGCUGGUGAUCUACAGAAGCCAAAGGAGGACUGAAAGGCUGCUGCUCCCUCAACAGCUAGAGAGACAUGAUUUGGUAGGACCUGUCCCUGGGAACAAAGCAGAGGUGGACUCCGAUGAAUGGAAUGACAAUUGGCUUGGGAGGAAGUACCUGAGGUGGUGGCAUCACACGGUGACGCUGCGCCGGUGCCAGCGUGCCAGGAGGCUGCGCAGUCUGGCAAGGGGUUGGCAGCAGUGGAAAGAAGCCAGCAGGGUGGUGAUGCUGGCACAGGUGUUGGACCAGCAGCGGCUGAUAGAAAAGGCCUGGAGAGCAUGGAGACGUCGGUAUUUACAAAGCUGUGUAGUGCAGAGGUUUCUGGAGGUUGAAGCCAGAAGCCUACUGUCUGAGGCAUUUGGAAGAUGGCGUCAGCUCACAGUGUUCCAACUCAAGGACAGAGGACACUGCCUGCAGCUGCUCAUUUCAGGAGUGGAGGAUACAGCUGGCAGUCACAACAAAGAGCUGGUCUCCUGCAAUCUAGAAAGCAGUUCAUGACCUACCUGUGUGAUUAAAAACAGUGCUGCAAGCCCAAAGCAUGGUGAUAGCCAGAGGACAACCAGGAAGAGGUGAUAUCCAGAGAAAGGUCUUAUUUAAGGACUGAUAUUCUGCCUCCCUACUGCACAAACUUGAGAACUUGCUUAAUGCUUUUGUUGUGAGGUUGCAUUCCCUUUUCUGCUAGAGCCUGAUUUUGCUGGAGUUCUGAUUAAAAGUCAAAAAAUACUUUA